AUGGCCAAAGCGGCUUUAACGGCAAAGUUACAAGAGAUCCAGAAGGUGAAGGAGGAUCUCUUGAAGGAAGCAAAGGAUGAAACUGAAAAUGGAACUGGCACUGCAGUCUUUCCACAGGCCAGCGGUCUUUCGGAUGACUGCCUGGUGAAAUUUGCCGAUGGGAAAGAGAUUAAGGUGAUCGUGGGCACCUCCGAGCAUAUUCAGCAGCCACUGGUGGAUCGAAUUUGCCACGUGGUUCAUGAAGCCUACUCCAAGGUCGGCAAGCACAAGCGUGUGGACAGGUAUGACGCAGUGGACCGUUUGGAGAUGGGCGACGGGGGACCGUCGGCGAAUCGGGUCUUGCACUUGGCCUUCAAAGGAGACGAGUUGGUGGGCUGCGCCAGCUCAACCUUCAGUCCUGGUUGGACACCCGAGGGUUGUGGCCACUGGGGCCUUCUGGCCGUGGAUCCCGCGCAUCAAAAGUCCGGCGUCGCCACGGCGCUGGUGCUGGCGGCGGAGCGGCGCCUGGCCACGCUGAGUGGAGCCAUUCAGAUUGAAUACCAGUAUACGGAGGGGGAUCCCUUCUCUAUGAGGCUUCAUAAAUGGUACGAGAAGCUUGGUUUUGCCGGAGAUCAAACUGCAUUGAAGCCCGGGCAAACAAUCUUCAGAAGAUGCAGAAAGCGCAUUUCCGCCGCCGAGCAGGAGCGGGGGCAGCUGCGUCGCUUGCAGGAGAUCGAGAUCUACUUGCAGAGGAGGUUGACCACGCUCAGCUCGGAGCACGAGGACCAGAGCCCCGAGGAGGUCGAGCACGAGCAGAGCUCGGCGGAGAGCGACGAGCCGAUGGAGGAGUCCACGGUGUCCGCGCGCCUCGCGGAGGUCGAGGCGAAGCUCGAGGAGGUUACCCUGUCAGGGCCGCGUGAGGCAGAACCCAUUCUCAGCAGCAGGGUGGUCGAGAAGCUGGCGGCCAUUGCCUCGGUGCAGGCCCAAUCCGAGCGCAUCCAACGAACCGAGGACAUGGACAAAGAAGACCUGGGCGUGUUGAGCAUGCUGCAGGGUACCAAAGAACUCCGACCCAGCAACUGCACGUCCACCUCCGAGGAGAAGCAACAGGAGAUUUACGUGAGGCCCACGCCGCUGCUCAACUACGAGGCGAAUGGCGUGGACGAGGACACCUUCAGCUCACUGGCUUUCUACGUGUAUGACCUCAGCUUGGAGCAGCAAGACAAGCUGGCUGUCCAUGUGAUGCUUUCACAUCCAUCUGGCGCUGCGGUCUUCAAGGGAGAUGAAAGUGCUGAAGCAUUGGCUGCACGCUUUGUCUCAGCUGUGCAAAAGGCCUACCCUGAGAACCCAUUCCACAACUUCGGGCAUGCCGUUGAUGUGCAAGCGGUCAUCGUCAAAACCAUGAAGCUUGUGGAAGCUGACUCAUUCCUCAGUAACCUGGAGCAGUUCUCCCUCCUGGUGGCCGGCUUGGGACAUGAUAUUGGCCACAUGGGUCUCAACAACGUGUUCUUGUCCGAGGUGGGUCAUGAGCUGGCCAUCAAGUACAACGACAAGUCGCCCCUGGAGAAUAUGCAUUGCUCGGCUUUAUAUCAACUUCUGGGCAAACCCGAAACGCAGCUCUUCGCACACCUCAGUGCAGAUGACUACAAAGAGGCUCGCAGAAUAUGUGUGGAAGUGAUUCUACACACAGACAUGAUGUGCCAUCAAAACAUGGUCAAGGACCUCAAUUUACUCUACCAGAUUCACUCUGAGGUGAUUCAGCCCGUCCGUGAGACUCGCACCACCGUCCGCAAGUCCAACUGGAAGCGGAAGACGAUGCACAAUGAAGUGCCCUCAGACCCCAUGGCCGUCUUUGCCGCGCCCGAAAACAAGAUGCUGGUGAUGGACGCGAUCGUGCACUCGGCAGAUGUGUCAAACCCUGCUCGAGAAUGGGCCGUGACACAAGCCUGGGCCGAGCGCUGUCUCGAUGAAUUCUUCGCGCAGGGCGACCAGGAAAGAGCUGAAGGAGUUCCGGUGCAAUUCCUCAACGACCGCGAGAAGUUGAACAGGCCGAAUUCUCAGAUUGGCUUCAUUGAGUUCAUGAUCGCCCCGCUCUUCGCGGCGCAGAUUUGGUUGUGGCCGAUGUACUGCGAGUUUGGCGAUUGUCUCUCAACGAAUAUUGGCAUUUGGGAGGAGCAGUGGGAAGAGCAGACUUCACCGUCGGAGGAAGAAGCCGAGAAGGUUCGCCUGCGGGUGCUGGAAGUCCAAGACAUGCUUUCUCGUGCAUCCUUGCGGAUUGCACAUUGA